GUCGUUUAACUAAUUUCAAGUGUCGAAGUGCAUUCAAAUUGCUUGAAAUAAAUGAGAAAACCAAAAUCUUACAACCUGGUCAAACAGUCAUUGAUUGCGGAGCAUCGCCGGGUUCGUGGACGAAAAGAGCAGUGAGCAAAACUAAUGCUAAUGGGAAAAUGAAGAACAAACCAAAGGGAUUUGUUAUCGGGAUUGAUAUGCUAUCGAUUCAUCCCAUAGAGGGCGCUCAUUUGCUAUGCCAUUCAGAUUUUACUCUCACAAAGACCCAAGAUCAAAUUCGAGAACUUUUGAAAGGACGAAAAACCGAUUGUGUACUCUCUGAUAUGGCACCAAAUUCAACUGGUGUUCGAGAUCAAGACAAAAUUAUGGACUUAGUAUACAAUGUCUUACGGUUUGCCAUUUUAAUGUCAUCCGAAAAUGCCAACCUCUUGGUCAAAGUUUGGGACAAUGGAAAUGUGAAGAAAUUCGAAGAGAUUGCACUUCGUUAUUAUAAAACUUUUAAACACAUAAAACCGGAAGCGUCGAGAAGCGAUUCAGCCGAAAAAUUUCUUCUGGCCAAAGAUUUUCGAGGAUUUAAAAAUAUUACCAAUUCCAAAAUAGAAAAUAAAUAA